UCCAGAGCUGGGCGUAGCAGGAAUUGAUGCUUGUAUUAUUCUGGCACAAGCACAGUUAAGAGUUUUUACACCAUUUUCAAUUUGCAAACAACGCAACCGUCAUGGAAUCGUCAGUGGCCUGACAUUGCCUGGUGAUAUAAAGAAGAUUAGUUUAAGCUAAAGUUUACAAUACAGUCGAAGGGGAAUCUGCGUGUUCUGUUUGAGCAGUGACCUAGCUGUGUCCAUCCCACCUGCAUAAUGGACAGUGGAGUGACAGUUAUCACCAACCCCACUGUGAAUGUGCGCCUGACCACCACCCUGUCCUCCUUUGAGGUACAGCGCAGGUUCAACAGAGGGAUAAGUGUAGCAGAACUGAAGGGGAAAUUGGAGAUGAUUGUGGGUGCACUUGCCUCUUGUAUGGAUUUGGAAUUGUACAGCAUAAAUGACAAGUUCCUGCAGAAAAUAGAUGACAAUGAAGCCUUGCUGGGCUCUUACCCUGUGGAUGAUGACUGCAGAAUACAUGUUAUUGAUCGAAGUGGUGGUAAGAUGGGCGAGUUCAGUGAUGUUUCCAAAGUGGAGAAGUUUGAACUGUCAGAUGAAGCUUAUGACAAGAAAACAGACUCAGCAAGGUCAUUCAUGAAGAAGCAGCGUGUUGGUCGCUACAACGAAGAAGACAUGGCCAAGAAGAAAGCUGAACUUGCUGCUCGGGAAGAGGAACAGAAAGCUGCUGCUGAUGCCAUUUCUGUUGGCAACCGAUGCCAAGUGCAGGUUCCCGGGCAGCCCACCAAGCUUGGCACAGUCAUGUAUGUUGGAACGACAGAUUUUAAGCCAGGCUACUGGGUUGGUGUGAAGUAUGACGAGCCCCUGGGAAAACACAGUGGAAGUGUUGGUGGGAAGUGCUACUUUGAAUGUGAGAACAAAUAUGGUGCAUUUGUGAAGCCUCUGAGUGUGACUGUGGGAGACUUCCCUGAAGAGGAUUACGGUCUGGAUGAGAUGUAGGACUGUAUGGUCUCCCCUUCAAAGGGCUAGACUGCAUUUGAGCAUCAACCUCAAUCCAAUCACCAAUGAAAGUCAUUGUUAUUGUACCCUUUUGGUUUUGUCUUAUAUUUCUUGGGAUGCAUUAUCCAAAGAGUGGUGUCUAAAGGUAUCCUGACUUCAUUUCCUCAUAGUAACACAAAGGUAACAUAGCAGUGGCUGCCGUAAACACAAAAGAGGAGCUCAUAUUAGGUUGUAAAGGAGGAUGUACAGCAGCAUAAUGAAGGUUCAGAUCUUCUGUUUAGUUUUAUCAAAUUGAUUUACCAGCACUUGUUCUCUUUUGCAGUUGUGCUCUUUAGGUUUCUCACAGUGGGAGCCCAGAUCAAAUGUUUGGAAACCUUCACUUCUCUUCAUUUAGUGUGUACAAAGAUGAUUGUAUAUAAGUGUUAAUAGUCAGUUGUAGUCAUAGUAGUUUUGGUUUAUUGUAAAUUGUUGAAAGAGUGGUCCAUUGACAGUAAUUAUUGGAUCACACAGGGGAAGGAAAUGUUCACCAUCAGACAAUUAAAAUGAAAAUUGUAUUCUCAACAAACAUCAAGUCACACAGAUUAGCUGUCAAGAUCAAAACAUGAAAUCACUCCUCAGCGGUUCACGUGAAACACAGCAUCACCCUCAUCUUUUCUCCCUGCAUCAGUUGACAUAAACAUAAAAAUACUAGAUAUGGCAAUGACAAAGUGUCCAAGAUUAGAUGCAUCAUUUCCUUUGAGACAAACAUACAUUUCUUAUAUUUCUAUUUCUUUUUUUUGGUAUGUAGUUUGAAAAACAGUCCCAUUUACUUGUUAAUGUUAACAUAUUAAUGUAAUUUCCCCUAAUUUUUGUGACUGAAUAGCUCAAGUUUAGUUUUAAAAUGUCUCCACUUGAAUAUUAAUAUUGAAUAUUAAGAUUAUGUCAGCAGGGAGGACCACAUUUAAAGUAAAUGAAAGCGUAAUGCAAUUUAUAUCAAUUCAGAUUGAAAGUAGACCUCAGUCAAAUUCAAGGGUGCUUUUUUGUACACCAAUUGAUGACAAAAUGAGGGUUUAGAUUGUAAAUUUACAGUGACCAAUAAAGAUUUGCAGCAACUGUAUAUUUACAAAAAUGUUGGAUUCUGCGUUGCAUUUAGUUUUCUUAGAUGUGUCUCAGUCUGUAUGAUGUAACAAAUAUAACUUGUACUAACAUUUUUAAUGACCUUCAGCUUCAUGUUACAUCAUAAUUAUUAAAGUUCCUUUUUUGGUCUGUUUCACAUGAGCAUGACACAUUUUAUCAUGUGUAGUUUGAGGACAUUUUCCACUUCUCUUUUUUUCCCUCUGUCAUCUAGCCUCUAGUGUUUUGCAUUUUAUGUACACAUAGGAACAUCUUUGUGUGUAUAUAGCUGUUGCAUAAAUAUAACAUGGAUAUGAGAGUUGAAAUAGAACUUUGAUGGUAUGAAUGUUUAAGUACGUUCUUGUUACAUUAAAAGUUACAACUUAAAUGUGUUUACUAUGCCGGUUUCUCCAUGGUACAAUGCAUCAAAAUGUUCACCUAACAGUGAAGCGCUACAUCACUGCCUCUCAUAGUCCGUCAUACCAUCAGUUUCCCUAACGGUCAGCUUUUGUCAAUGUACAUUUCACGAAUGAUACUGUAUGCCUUACUAACUGUUGAAAUGUCAUCUCAAGAUUACAAAUGAAAUGUUAAUUCAU